AUGGAGAGCAGGCCGGCAGUGAAUGGCCAUGCUGCCCCCAUCUCUCACCAGGAAGACCUGGCCGGAGCAAACCACUUGUGCCAGGACGUUUCGCCUCGCAAACAGAAAAAAGCAGCUGACGGGGAUGUGACUGUGACGGGUGCUUCUAGUCCGUCCUCGGAGGCAGCUGGCAGCAUUGCUGGAGUGUAUGUAGAGGCUUCAAGGAAGAUAAUGAGCUUUUAUGAUGCCACCAGAGAGCACCUCUUGAGUUUGGAUUCAGCGCUCUGUCUUCUUGAGGCCCAGGCAGCCACAGGCUUCAUCACCGACCCGGUGAAGAACAGGCAAGUGUCCGUAGCAGAAGCCGUGCAGCUGGGGCUGGUGGGGCUGGAGCUGAAGGAGAGGCUGCUGGCUGCAGAGAAAGCUGCCACUGGCUUUGUGGACCCCUACACAGAGGAGAAAAUCCCCCUCUACCAGGCGAUCCAGAAGGAUCUGAUCGGGAGGGAGCAAGGUACCCGCCUGCUAGAGGCCCAGAUGGCAACUGGGGGCAUCAUUGACCCAGGCACUGGCUGCCGGAUCCCAGCAGAUGUUGCCUGUGAGAGGGGAUAUUUAGAUGAAGAGAUGAGCCAGCUCCUCUCUGACCCCAGCAAAGGGGACAGCAAAGGGUUCCUCAACCCCAGCACUAUGGAGAGAGUCACCUAUAGGGAGCUUAUAAAGGGCUGUGUUGUUGAUCCGGCCUCGUGCCUCCUCCUCUUGCCCCUGCAAACCAUGUUCCGAGGGCUGGGAGGGAGGGUGAGCAGCAGGGAUCUGCUGGACUCUGGCAUCAUCAGCCCUGACACAUUCAGAGGUCUUGAGGAGGGAAGAGUUUCUGCCCAGGAGGUGGCGGAGAACGACUCCGUUCAGCAGUUCCUGCAUGGGACGAGGAGCGUGGCUGGUGUUGUCCUGCCUUCCGGUGAGCGGAAAAGCCUUUACCAGGCCCUCAGAGAGCAUCUCCUCGUGCCCGGUGCUGCUCUGAUGCUCCUGCAAGUCCAGGCCUCCACUGGCAGCCUGACAGACCCCGUAAAGAACAAAAGCUACUUGGUGGAUGAGGCCGUCAGGAUUGGCCUCGUCGGCCCAGAGCUUCAUGAGAAACUGUCUUCAGCUGAGAGGACCAUCACUGGAUACAGGGACCCCGCCACUGGAGAAAUGCUCUCUCUGUUCCAAGCCGUCCGGAAGGGCUUCAUCCCCCAGGAUCAUGGCGUUUGCCUUCUGGAAGCUCAGAUGGCCACAGGGGGUAUAAUUGCUCCGGGCAGGCACCUCCGUGUGCCCACAGAGAUGGCUUGCAGGUGGGGGUACCUGGACGAGGCCACGAGGCAGCUCCUCUCCAGUCCUACCGAUGCCGUGAAAGGGUUCUUCGACCCCAGCUCCAAGGAGAAGGUGACCUACGCAGACCUGCUCAAGCUCUGUGUCACUGACCCCAACACGGGGCUCCUGCUGCUGCCGCUUGAUGGAGACAGCAUGGGAGGACCCGAGGGGACCCACCUCUUCUUUGACCGUAGCACCCAAACAGCUCUGGAAAACACAGAGGUGCCCAUCGCUUUAGGUAAAUUCAAGGGAAAGUCAGUGUCUCUCUGGAAACUCCUCUUCUCAGACUACAUCGAGAGCGAGCGCAGAGCUGCUCUCGCCCAGCAGUACCUUGCAGGAACGCUCUCUACGCAAGAACUGGGUAAGGCAGCCAGUGCUACCGCUGAGGAAACGGCUUCCACGGCUAACGUCACCUUUGAAGGACUGAGGGACCGCGUGACAGCUGACCAGCUCCUGAGCUCUGAAAUUAUCAACAAAGAUUUGUUUAAGAAACUGAAGGAGGGAGAAACAUCAGCCAAAGAAGUUGUCAGCAUGGACACUGUCAAGAAGUACCUUCAAGGGACGGGCAGCAUUGGAGGGCUGCUGCUUCCCGACUCCCAGGAGAAGAUCAGCAUCUACCAGGCAAAGCGGAAGGGACUUUUAAGGCCGGGAACGUCGCUGAUCCUCCUGGAGGCACAGGCUGCCACCGGGUUUAUCAUUGACCCAGCUGCCAACAAAAGGUAUUCUGUGGACGAGGCUUUGAGAGCGAACAUCAUUGGCCCAGAUGUUUACGACAAGCUCCUGGCUGCAGAGAAAUCGGUCACUGGCUACAGAGAUCCUUACUCAGGGAACAAGAUCUCCCUCUUCCAGGCCAUGAACAAAGAGUUCAUCGUCCGGGAGCACGCCAUCCGCCUGCUCGAGGCCCAGAUCGCCACCGGCGGCAUCAUCGACCCCGUCAACAGCCACCGCAUCCCUGUGGAGGUGGCCUACAAGCGUGGCUACUUCGACAAGAAGAUGAACUUAAUCCUUUCUGACCCCAGCGAUGACACCAAGGGCUUCUUCGACCCCAACACCCACGAGAACCUCACCUACCUGCAGCUGAAGGAGAAGUGCAUCACGGAGCCGUCCACGGGGCUCUGCCUCCUUCCUCUGAACAGCAGGAAGCGCCAGUUCAUCGAUGAGGCCACCAGACGGGUGUUCAGGAGCUCCUGGCUGCCCGUCAGGUUUGGGCGGUUACGGGGGGAGAAGGUCUCUGUGUGGGACCUGCUGAACUCCGAGUACUUCAGCGAGGGGAGGCGCCGGGAGAUCUUUAACCACUACCAGCUGAGGAAGCUCACCCUGGAGCAAAUCCGCAUCAUGCUGGUUGGGGAGAUGGAGCUGAAAGCCCGCACCCAGAUCACCCUGGAAGGUUUGCGGGGCAGCGUCCCUGCAGUCUGGCUGCUGGAUGCCGGCAUCCUUACCGAGCAGACGUUUGAAGAACUGGCUCAGGGCAGAAGAGCUCCCAAGGACGUGGCUGCGAUGGAGAGCGUGAAGAGGUACCUGCAGGGCACGGGCAGCAUCGCUGGGGUAUUCAUAGAGGCAUCUCAAAAGAAGAUGAGCUUUUACGAUGCCAUGAAGAACAACCUCCUCCUCCCCGGGGCUGCCCUGAGGCUGCUGGAGGCUCAGGCAGCCACAGGAUACCUGACUGACCCAGCAACAGGCCAGAGGCUCAGCGUGAGGGAUGCUGUGAAAGCCGCUGUUGUGGGCGAAGAGCUCACUGAGAAACUCCUUCUAGCUGAGAGGGCGGUGACCGGCUACACAGACCCCUACACGGGGAGCUCCAUCUCACUGUGCCAAGCGCUCCGGAAGGAGCUGAUUCCCCUGGAAGAUGCUGUUCCCUUGCUAGAGGCCCAGCUGGCCACAGGAGGGGUCAUCGAUCCCAUCCACCACCAUCACCUUCCGCUCCAGGCCGCACGCAGAUACGGCUUCUACGACGAGGGCCUGAACCAAACCCUCUCUCAGCUGAAUGACAGCACCAAAGUCUUUUUUGAUCCAAACACAAAGGAGAAUAUGACCUACCAGCAGCUGAAGGACAGGUGCAUUCAUGAGGCUGAGUCGGGUCUCUGGCUCCUUCCUCUGUCAGAAAAUGCGAUGUUCUGUGUGGAUGAUCAAACCAUGGAGGUGUUGAAAUCUGUGACUGUCUGUGUCAACAUAGGGCGGUUCAAAGGACAGACAGUGUCAGUCUGGGACCUUCUCAACUCUGAAUACCUCUCAGACAGGAAGAGAAGAGAGCUAGUGCAAAAGUACAAAGAUGAGAAUACCGAAGUGCUACAGGAAAUCAUAACAAUUGUCACCACGAUCAUCAAAGAGACUGAGACACAGGGCAAGAAGUUUGCGUUCAAGGGCCUGCGGAAAAGAGUAUCCGCCAGUGACCUCUUCCAGUCUCAACUGAUCGACAAAAAAACCCUCGAUGAGCUCAACCAGGGGAAGAAAACAGUCCAAGAGGUCACUGAAAUGGAGUCUGUCCGCAGGUACCUGGAGGGCAGCAAUUUCAUAGCAGGGGUCCUCAUACAGCCAAGCAAUAAGAAGAUGAGCAUCUACCAGGCCAUGAGGAAGGGCAUCCUGAGGCCAGGGACAGCCCUGGUGCUGCUGGAGGCGCAGGCUGCCACCGGCUACAUCAUCGACCCAGAGAAAAACAAGAAAUUCUCAGUGGAGGAAGCCUUAACUGCAGGUCUGAUUGGAGGAGAGAUCUUUGAGAAGCUACUCUGUGCAGAAAGAGCUGUGACGGGCUACACAGACCCCUACACAAAAGCCCCAAUGUCCCUCUUUGAAGCGAUGAACCAAGGACUGAUUGUGAAGAGCCACGGCAUCCGCCUGCUCGAGGCCCAGAUCGCCACCGGCGGCAUCAUCGACCCCGUGCACAGCCACCGCCUGCCCGUGGAGGUGGCCUACCAGCGCGGCUACUUCGACCAGGAGAUGAACCAGAUCCUCUCCGAUCCCAGUGACGACACCAAGGGCUUCUUCGACCCCAACACCCACGAGAACCUCACCUACAUGCAGCUCCUGGAGAGAUGCGUCCAGGAUUCAGAGACUGGGUUGUACAUGCUACAGGUUGUACAGGAAGGAGGAAAGUACUUCUACAUCGAUGAGUUUACAAAACAGGUUUUGCGCUCCAAGCCCCUUAAAGUGGAAAUUGGAAAGUUUAAGGACCAGACAGUUUCCAUCUGGGAAAUUCUUUGCUCUCAUUACGUCUCUGAGCAGAAAAGGAAAGAACUAGUGAUGCAGUACAAAUGCAGAACCCUAACGCUGGAAGACCUUAUAGCCCUCAUCUUCAAAAUAAUUGAGGAUACGGAGCAAAGAGCAGAAGCCCUCAAGGUUAAAGGAUUCCGUGAGGAUGUGUCAGUAUCAGAGUUGUUUGACUCUGAGAUCAUUGACAAGAAAACCCUCGAUCAGCUGCAGGAUGGAAGCCUCACCCUCACCAGCCUCACAAAGAGGGACACCGUCAGGAGAUACUUGGAGGGCACUGGAUGCAUUGCUGGAGUUCUACUCCCUUCCAGGAAGGAGAAGAUGAGCAUCUACCAGGCCCUGAGGAAGGGCCUGCUCACGGAGCAAUGUGCGCUGGGGCUGCUGGAGGCGCAGGCUGCCACUGGUUUUCUCAUCGACCCCCUGAAAAACAAGCAGCUCUCCGUGGAUGAGGCCGUCUCGUCCGGGCUGGUGGGGAGCAACUUGCACAAGAAGCUGCUGUUGGCAGAGAAAGCUGUGACGGGAUACACAGAUCCUCACACAGGAAAUAAAAUAUCCCUCUUCCAGGCCAUAAGGCAAAAGAUAACAGCCAAGGAGCACGGGACCCGCCUGCUGGAGGCCCAGCUCGCCACCGGCGGUGUCAUCGACCCCGUGCACAGCCAUCGCCUGCCCGUGGAGGUGGCCUACCGCCGCGGGUGCUUGGAUGAUGACAUGUUUCUCCUGCUUUCUGAUCCAGAUCAUGGAAGCAAAGGUUUUAUAGAUCCGAACACUCAUGAGAAAAUCAGUUACAGUCAGCUCCUGCAGAGAUGUUCCAAAGACAGAGAUACUGGAUUGUACCUGCUGCAGGACAGAAGUGAUGUCUGGUUCCAAGGAAUCAGGCAACAAAUAACGGCAUCAGAACUUCUCAGCGCACAGAUAAUCACAGAAGAAACAAUGGAGAAACUGCAUGAAGGGAAAGAAAAAGCAGAGGAAAUAGCACAAAUGGAUACUGUCAGGCGAUACCUUGAGGGAACUGGCUGCAUCGCGGGCGUGCUGGUGCCCUCCAAGGCCGACCCCGCCACGAUGGAGAAGAUGAGCAUCUACCAGGCCAUGUGGAAGGGCAUCCUGAGGCAGGGCACGGCCCUGGUGCUGCUGGAGGCACAGGCUGCCACCGGCUUCAUCAUUGACCCGCUGGCCAACAAGAAGCUCUCCGUGGACGAGGCCGUCUCGUCCGGGCUGGUGGGCAGCGAGCUACAAAAAAAACUUGCUUGUGCAGAAAAAGCCGUGACAGGCUACACCCACCCCUACACAGGACAAAAAAUGUCACUCUUCCAGGCCAUGAAGAAGGAGCUCAUCGUCAAGGAGCACGGCAUCCGCCUGCUCGAGGCCCAGAUCGCCACCGGCGGCAUCAUCGACCCCGUGCACAGCCACCGCCUGCCCGUGGAUGUGGCCUACCAGCGCGGCUACUUCGACCAGGAGAUGAACCAGGUCCUCUGCGACCCCAGCGACGACACCAAGGGCUUCUUCGACCCCAACACCCAUGAGAACCUCACCUACAUGCAGCUCCUCCGCCGCUGCGUGCCCGACCCGGACACGGGGCUGCUCAUGCUGCAGCUGAUGGACAAGGGCUCCGUGCUCCACCAGCUGACCGAGGACGCCCGCAAAGCCCUGCAGGCCGCCCGCACCACCCUCAGCGUGGGGCUCUUCCAGGGCCAGAGCGUCACCGUCUGGGAGCUCCUCUUCUCCCGCUACGUCCCCGAUCACCAGAGAGAAGAGCUGCUGAGGAAGUACAAGACAGGGACGGUCACCAUCUCAGAGAUGAUCACCCUCCUCACCGCCAUCGUCACCGGGGCUGAGGGACAGGGCCACGGAGGGUCACAGACCUGCAAACCAAGGCAGCUGGAGGCGCCUCCAAGGGCUGAGAAUGGUGAGACUGUGGGCUCCCAGAAGAGUCGGGAGCAAGAGCUGGAGCAGGCCCUGAAGACCCACACCAUCGAGGUCUCUGCGGGCAGCUUCCACGGCCGGAAGGUCUCCCUGUGGGAGCUCCUCUUCUCCACGUACGUCUCGGAGGCAAAGAGGCAGGAGCUGCUGGGGCGGGUGCGGGCCGGGAGCCUGGCGCUGGACGCGCUGGCCGGGCUCCUCACCGCCCUCGUCGGGGAGGCGGUGGAGCGGAGCAGCAAGGUCAAAUUCACAGGCUUCAGGAGGCAGGUGACCGCCUCGGACCUGCUGGACUCGGGCAUCAUCGACAAGGACACACUGGCCGACCUGGUCCAGGGCUCCAAGACGGUGGAGCAGGUGACGGAAAUGGCCUCGGUCAAGCGCUACCUGGACGGCACGGGCUGCAUCGCGGGCGUGCUGGUGCCCUCCAAGGCCGACCCCGCCACGAUGGAGAAGAUGAGCAUCUACCAGGCCAUGUGGAAGGGCAUCCUGAGGCAGGGCACGGCCCUGGUGCUGCUGGAGGCGCAGGCUGCCACCGGCUUCGUCGUUGACCCACUGGCCAACAAGAAGCUCUCCGUGGACGAGGCCGUCUCAUCCGGGCUGGUGGGCAGCGAGCUGCAUGAGAAGCUGCUGUCGGCCGAGAGGGCCGUGACGGGCUACACGGACCCCUACACGGGCCAGCAGAUCUCCCUCUUCCAGGCCAUGAAGAAGGGGCUCAUCGUCAAGGAGCACGGCAUCCGCCUGCUCGAGGCCCAGAUCGCCACCGGCGGCAUCAUCGACCCCGUGCACAGCCACCGCCUGCCCGUGGAGGUGGCCUACCAGCGCGGCUACUUCGACCAGGAGAUGAACCAGGUCCUCUGCGACCCCAGCGACGACACCAAGGGCUUCUUUGACCCCAACACCCACGAGAACCUCACCUACAUGCAGCUCCUCCACCGCUGCAUGCCCGACCCGGAGACUGGUCUAUAUUUCCUUAACAUUUUUGCAAAUUCUCCAGCUCUCCAUGGAGCCUCUAGAUCCACGCAGGAGCCGAGCGCCCCUCGUGCAGAGCUGGGUCUCGUCAAGGUCAGAGCCACCUGCGGCCCAGCCAAGAUCCGAGACCACAGCGGCCGACCGUGUGGCCCGAGGUCCUGUGCGGGCGCUGGCCACAGCGCGGACCGGCCCUCCCUGCUCCCCAGGAGCGCAGCGGGAGGAGGAGGAGGAGGACCCGAGCCUGCCAGGGAGCCGGGCGCUCUGGAUACGUGUCCAGCAGACAAAGACGGUGCCCCACAGUAUCAGGACUGUUCCCCAGAGACGAUGCGGAAGAUGAGUGCAGCCCCUCAGAACAAUCCAAGUGACACGGGCAGUAACCAGAUUGCAGAUGGACACAAAGAGAGGGGUGGGGGUGGGAGUAACUUCAUAGCUGGAGUCUUCAUCCAAACCAUGAACAAGAAGGUGAGUAUCUAUGAUGCCAUGAUGAGGGGGCUCCUGACACCAGGUACGGCCCUGGUGCUGCUGGAGGCACAGGCUGCUUCAGGGUUCCUCACCGACCCCGUGAGGAACGAGAAACUCUCGGUGAAAGAGGCACUGACUGCAGGAGUCAUAGGCAGAGAUUUUUACGAGAAGCUGCUGUCGGCAGAAGGAGCUGUGACGGGGUACACGGAGCCCUACACCGGCCAGCAGAUCUCCCUCUUCCAGGCCAUGAAGAAAGAGUUCAUCGUCCGGGAGCACGCCAUCCGCCUGCUUGAGGCCCAGAUCGCCACCGGCGGCAUCAUCGACCCUGUGCACAGCCACCGCCUGCCCGUGGAGGUGGCCUACCAGCGCGGCUACUUCGACCAGGAGAUGUGCCAGUUUCUUUCUAACCCCAAGAAUCAAACAAGAAGUUGCUUUGACCCCAACACCCAUGAGAACCUCACCUACACGCAGCUCCUCCGCCGCUGCGUGCCCGACCCGGACUCGGGGCUGCUCCUGCUCCACGUGAUGGACAAGGGCUCCGUGCUCCACCAGCUGACCGAGGACGCCCGCAAAGCCCUGCAGGCCGCCCGCACCACCCUCAGCGUGGGGCUCUUCCAGGGCCAGAGCGUCACCGUCUGGGAGCUCCUGUUCUCCCGCUACGUCCCCGAUCACCAGAGAGAAGAGCUGCUGAGGAAGUACAAGACGGGGAAGGUCACCAUCUCGGAGAUGAUCACCCUCCUCACCGCCAUCGUCACCAGGGCAGAAAUGGAAAACAGCGCAGCCCAGAAUGCACAAUCCCAGGAGCAACAGCUGAGAAAGUCCUUAAAGUCCGCAACCAUCUAUGUCACAGCUGGUGAGCUCCAGGGUCAAAAUAUCUCCUUGUUGGAUCUGCUCUUUUCCAAAUACAUCCCUCAAGGGAAGAGGCAGGAGCUGCUGGAGCUCUACCGAGCAGGAAUACUGACCACAGAACAGGUGGCUGCUGUGGUCACCACCAUCAUAAACAGAACAGAACCUGCAAACACCAGAAGUUCACACAAGGCAGCGGCAAGGGCAGAGGAAAAUGGAGAUGAUUUUUCAAAACAAGAUGCACAACUAGAUAACAUCUUGAAGGCUACCACCAUUGAUGUGCCAGCUGGCAAACACCAGGGGAGGCAGGUCUCUGUGUGGGACCUGCUCUUCUCCAACUACAUCCCUGAGGAGAAGAGGCAGGAGCUGCUGGGGCUGUACCGUGAAAGGGUAUUAACUCUGGAGCAGAUGAUAACUGUUGUCAUCGCUGUCAUUAAGAAAAAAGAAUCUACAAGCAGGAAAUUGCUAAUUGCAGUCAAGACUUCUGACAAGGACACCAUGUCAGCAGCAGCAGAGAAGGAUGACGCCUCCACCAAAGAAGAACCAUGGCAAACAGCCUUGAAGACCACAGUGGUUGACAUGGAGGUUGGGGAGCUUCGGGGCCACAAGGUCUCUGUGUGGGACCUGCUCCACUCCAAGUACAUCCCUGAGGAGAACAGGAAGGAGCUGCUGGAGCUGUACCAGGCGGGAGAGUUAACCCUCGAGCAGGUGAAAACCGUUGUCAGCACUAUAGUGACCAAGGCAGAAGCAGCAAGGGCAGAGGAACUGGCAAAUGUGAGUAGUCCAGGAGCAGAGCCGAGAGUCACAGAAGCUGAGCACAGCCACCUGCAGGGGGACAGGGCCUGGGAAGAGACUCUGAAGUCCACCAGCAUUGAGAUGGCUGUGGAUGGGUUCCAGGGGAGGCAGGUCUCUGUGUGGGACCUGCUCUUCUCCGACUACAUCCCUGAGGAGAAGAGGCAGGAGCUGCUGGGGCUGUACCAUGCAGGGACACUCACCAUUCAGGAACUGGCCGCCACUGGCAGCACCAUCGUGACAAACAGCAGAGAGCGGCCCCUGGCGAUGCUCCCCCAGCAGACAGUGGAUCUCCUCCAGUCCGAGGGCUCCUACAUUACUUUUGGCCAGUUCCAGGAGAAGAGGGUGUCGGUGUGGGAGCUCCUCUCCACCAAGCAGGUCUCCGAGUACAAACGAGAGGCACAUCUCGACACUUACGGCACGGGAGGGCUGACGGUGAACAAGAUCACCAUCACCACCACCGUCAUCACGGGCCCACAGCGCAAGAAGAGGCACCACCAGGACCACUAGCAGGGAGCUGCCUGCGGGGCCGGCGUGGGCCCG